AGAAAAAGACGGGAUUUGUCCUGCUCCCAAGUCUUUUAUUCCAUCCCAUGUCGACUCUGGAGCAAGAAUAAUUGAGUGUUCGGAACCAUGUCGGGUCCUAAAUCUCGUCUUUCAGGACUUCUUGGCCACUUUCUUCACCCUUCCCAGGUCGAUCAUGAUGUUCACAGAGUCCCCAAUUAUCAUACCCUCUCGCCUACGUCUUUUCUCCCGCGUGCCGCUGCAAUUGAACCUGAUGCCGAGGCUAUCUACCACUUGACUGCGAAUAACAAGGUUCUACGGCGAAGCUAUAUCGAGACGGCAGACCGCGCCAGAGGUCUUGCCUAUUAUCUCAAAAAGCGUAAUUUCAAGCGUGUGGGCAUUCUAGCACCAAAUACACCAGCCUUUCUUGAAUCUAUAUUUGGGAUUGCGGCCGCUGGUUGCGUUAACAUUGCGGUGAAUUAUCGGCUGAAGCCCGAGGAUGUUAGUUACAUCUUUGAGCACUCUGAUGCUGAACUUAUUAUUGUCGACGCGGAGUAUGUAUCACUUCUGGAUCUGUUCAAGAGCGAGCACCCGAAUAUCCCGUUCUUGAUUGAUACGGAUACAGAUGCCACAGAGGGAGAACUGAGUGGGCCAUUUGACGCAGCAAUUCUAGAGGGUUUGGAUUAUGAUAAAGAUACAGGAGCCAAAGGAUGGGAUGCGCUAGAAACCCAGACUACAGAUGAGAAUGCGACUAUUGCUCUCGCUUACACAAGUGGCACCACUGCCCGUCCCAAGGGUGUAGAGUUCAGUCAUCGAGGUUCAUAUUUGGCCGCAAUGGCAAAUGUCAUUGAAUCAGGGUUGAACUAUCACAAGGGCCGUUGCGGGUACCUAUGGACCUUGCCCAUGUUUCACGCGAUAGGUUGGACAUUCCCAUGGGCGGUUACAGCAGUAAGAGGCACACAUUACUGCUUACGAAAGAUCGACUACCCCUACAUCUGGUAUCUACUGAAGAACGAGAAUGUGACCCAUUUCAAUGCAGCACCGACAGUUAACACCCUUUUAUGUGCCGCCAAGGAAGCAGAAAGACUUCCAGAACCAGUCAGAGUUACUGUGGCUGCCAGUCCACCAACAGCACAUUUAUUCGAGCAAAUGACGAACCUCAACCUUCAUCCAGUCCACGUCUAUGGCAUGACAGAGACCUACGGUCCCAUCACAAAGGGCUAUCAUAUGCCUGUGUGGGAUACACUCCCUGAUAAAGAAAAGUAUCAGAAGAUGGCUCGUCAGGGCCACGGUUUUAUUACCAGUCUCCCGGCUCGUGUUAUCAAGAUGGACGUGCCUGAAGGUACCAUAGUUGAUGUGCAACGUAAUGGUCUUGAGCUAGGAGAGAUAGUGUUUGAGGGUAACAUAUGCGCAAAAGGCUAUUAUAAGGAUCCAGUAGCCACAAGUAAGCUAUUCGCGGGGGGAGUUCUUCAUUCGGGUGACCUCGCAGUCUGGCAUGAGGACGGAGCCAUUCAAAUCAUGGACAGGGCCAAAGACAUCAUUAUCAGCGGUACGUCUGAUAAUUUCUACAUCUGUGCGAAGAAUGUUAACUGACUGGCACAUAUAGGAGGUGAAAACAUCUCCUCGGUAGCUCUAGAGUCGAUGCUAGCUAAUCAUCCGGACAUCCUCGAGGCAGGUGUGGUCGCCGUUCCAGACUCUCAUUGGGGGGAGAGACCCAAGGCAUUCGUCACGGUACAAGCAGGCAAAAAUGUCAAGGGAUCGGAUAUCAUAGCAUGGGCAAAAACAGCGAGUGGAAUAAGUAAAUUCAUGGUUCCACGCGAAGUUGAGGUUGUUCCCGAACUACCAAAGACUAGCACUGGCAAGGUGAAGAAGAAUGUCCUCCGGGAAUGGGCCAAGGGAGCAAAGCGAGAGACUUGAUAGAUUCAUGGUUUGGUCCGGUAUAUAAAGUUCUAGAUCUUUGGAUAUUUAGGAGCGCACUGUCUCACAUAUUUGGUAGCCACAAUGACUAUGAAUAUAGUGUCACAUACC